CCAAAAAAUAGGGAAAUAUGUUCUAUGCCGAUGAGCAUUGUUAGGUGGACUGACAAAAUAAAUAUAUCCCAUAUCAUGUAAUUCAUUAUUUUAUGCUAAUAUUUGAAGAAAUAAAUUUUUUAAAAAUAACAAUAAGUAAUUAAUGUUUGACAUAAUCACCGAAUACCCCUUAAAAACUGAAUAAUUUAUCGAUACCAACCGUUCCACAGCCGCCUUUUUCAACAACCAUUCUCGUUGGUAUCUCCCACCUUCCAUUCUCUCUCUCUCUCUCUCUCUCUCUCUCUCUCUCUCUCUCUCUAUUUGACUCCAAAGUGCCUCCAUUUCAACAUCUCCUCCAGAGGUUGUUCAUAUAUAUAAUUACAUUCUUGUUUUCUCUCUUGGUUCUAUAGAAACAUGGCUGACUUGGAUCACUCCACUGAAGAUACUUCAGGGGACUCUAGAGAUGACAAUAAUAGUCAUCAAGGUUCAGAGCUUCAAUUCUCUGAAGAUGAGGAAACCCUUAUUAUCAGGAUGUUCAAUCUUGUUGGAGAGAGGUUCUACUUCUCCUGUUUCUUCUUCUUCUUUUUCUAUCUUAGGAAUAAAAUUAAAGUUAAUUUAAUUUGUGGGUCCAUCAGAUGGUCUCUAAUUGCUGGGAGGAUCCCUGGAAGAACAGCUGAAGAAAUUGAGAAAUACUGGAAUUCGAGGUACUCUACGAGCCAAUGAAGUAUUAUAUGGAAACAACAUAGAUGUGCACAUAUAGAUAAUGGUUUGUUGUGUAAAAAUGCAUUUUGAAUGUAGCCAAUUUGAAUGAUAAGAACUUCAAAAUCGGUAUAGGAAAAGAAAAGAAAAGAAGAAAUAAGGAACAAAGAAAAAGAAAAAGAAAAAAAAGCUAGCUAAAUAUUUACCAAGGAAGAAAAUAGCUGUGAUGGUAAAGAAUUAAAGCCCAUAAUAGAUUAGAAAGUGGAUGUAUAUGUUGGUGAUUUGACUGCGUAUGUAUGAAUUGUAAUGUAAGUUUUGAGUUUGUGUAUGGGAGAGGGAAAAAAAAACUAUAGCUGUGUAUGUGAACUUAUGAUUCUGUAAAUUUGUCCAACAACAACAAAUACUCUGCAAAAUGAGCUUUGAAUGUCUUGUGAAUUGUGAUCAUUCAUACUUGUA